GAUUACAAAAAAAAGUAGUUAGUUGAACUCAGAAGUAUUUGCUACAGUUUAUUACUCGUAGUUGGUUCCAUGGACCAUAAUCGAAAGCUGCGCGGGCGAAUAGCCAAGGCUUCAGUGCAGACAGCGUUUAUCUUCCUGUAGUGUUUUGUGAGAUUUGCCUUCAUUCCCCUCUCUUUUUCUAAGCCGUUCUCCUUGUUCCUGUGAACGACAGGUGUCACCACGAUUUGAAGUAUCAUCAAAGUUUUCAAUAUUUUUGAUUUCAACCUGUGGGUUGUGUUGUAUCAUUACUGUGGAAUCAUCGAGGCCUGUGUGAAGGCUGUCAGCUCACAAUGGUGAACACGCCUCUGCCGCAGAACCUUGAAGAUGAGUGCAAGAAGGCGGCGAAAAUCCUGAAGUCCUUCACCAUGGACAAGGUGUCGUCGGGCGGCGUCGACCGUGUCAUCCCGCCGACCAUGAUCGCCAAGGCAAAGGGCCUGGCCAUCUUGACGGUGGUCAAGGCAGGCUUUUUGGUGACGGCGCGCGCCGGAUCUGGCCUUGUGGUGGCGAAGCUCGCGGAUGGAACCUGGUCUGCUCCAUCGGCGAUCGCAACAGCUGGCAUUGGUGGUGGCUUUGAGCUCGGGGCAGAGAUCACGGACUUCGUAUUCAUCCUCAACAGUCCUAACGCUGUCGACGCUUUCUCUAAGGGAGGCAACUUGACACUGGGAGGCAACUUGAGUGUCGCUGUUGGCCCGAUAGGACGCAAUGCCGAGGCUGACGUGGCUAUACGAUCACCAGCUGCCAUCUACACAUAUAGUCGAACCCAGGGUCUGUUCGCCGGCAUCUCGCUGGAAGGCUCUGGCAUUUUCGAGCGCAAGGAGGCCAACAGGAAAAUGUACCAGAAGGACGUACGGUCCACUCAGCUACUGAGUGGUCUGGUGCAGCCGCCCGACGAGGCUGAACCGCUGUACGCUGCUCUCCGCGAUCACAUGAGGGGCAUGGUGGUCGAUGCCGCCGGGGAAGGGAUCAGCAGGGGUAAAGCGUAUGCUGCCUCGAAGGGUUUCGGCGGCGGUGAUGAUGAUUUUGGCGGCUUUGGUGGCGGUGGCAGCAGCGGCGGCAGUUCUGAAUCAAGCAGUCGGUUCUCUCUCCCGAGCAUGAAGAGAUCUGGUGGAGGUGGUGGAGGCGGCGGUGAUGAUGGUGGUGGCUCUUCAUCUGGUGGCCGUAGCAGUGGUAGCAGUGCCAUGACCUACUCGCAGCAGCGUGAAGCCGCCUCGAAAUCGAAUCGAAGCGGUGGCAGCUCUGGCAGUGGCCGUGGGUCAUCAUCACACGAGCCCUCGAAAUCCUACUCGGGUGGUCAGCGAUCACAGCGGAGAUCGUCGUCCUCACGCUCCGCCAAGAAUAAGGACAGUGCAGCUGAUUCGUUCGAUGUCAAUGCUGGCUGGAAUGCAGAUACUAUCGUUCAGGCUCGCUGGGAUUACUUCAGUGACACAGCUGGUGAUCUGAACUUCCGGCGUGGCGACAAGAUUGUUGUCACGCUCCAGACGGGAAAGACUGAUGAUUGGUGGGAGGGUAAGCUACGUGGCAUAGUUGGUAUAUUUCCAGCCAACUAUGUUGUCGAUGUAUCGGCAUGAGAGGGUGUGUGUGUGUGUGUGUGUGUGUGUGUGUGUGUGUGUGUGUGUGUGAGAGAGAGAGAGAGAGAGAGAGAGAGAGAGAGAGAGAGAGAGAGAGAGAGACCCAACCGCCAGAUCUCUGCAUUAAUCCCCAGCCAGGCCUGCUGACCUCUUUCCGUGAAGUUCAUGCAUGGUUCGGCUUGGUGUAGGGUGUAGCACAACUGGCUGCAUACGCGGUUGCGCCACUCUGUGUGUAUGCUGUAUGUGUGUUGUGUGCACAAGCAGGAUUUAUUUUGCAUUAAUUUUAUCCCUUUUGCUGUCCCGUUAUUUUCAUGCUGUAUCCUACUCCGGGUUUCGGCACCCAUUGCUAAGCGCUCUUUGAACUCCGUGUGCAUAACAAAUAUAUAUCUAGCGGACCCAGUGUUCUCUUUAGCCUGUUGCCCGCCUGUGAUCAUGAUGAUGUGGUCGAUAGGAUGCAUGCGUGUUCCACAGCUGCUGGUCAGUUUUAGCGUAGUCGUGCACCGGGACCUUGGCGCUCAGUGCCGUCCGCUUCUUAUUCCUCUAGUCUAGAUCUGCUGGUCAGAAUAGUUGUGCUGUUGCGUCGCUUGAUUUCUUUGGUGAAUCUACAAGUAUAACCGAGUGCGUAGUGACUUUGCUUGUAUCA